AUCCAGCGGAGCGCACGAACCUCUUCUCUAAACUUGAAACGAGAAGGAGGAACACACCUGUCAGCAACACACCUGAAGGGGGGGAAAAUCUUACAUCUGCUCACGAGCUUUUGUAGACUUUACAGUGGGAUGAUGCAGAACAGAGGCGGAUUUUACAGCCCUUUCAACAGACCGCGGUGUCUGGCUGCAGCUGCGCCCAAACUAACUCACCCGGGAAAAGCCAUCCUGGCAGGUGGAAUCGCUGGCGGCAUCGAGAUCUGCAUCACUUAUCCAACAGAAUAUGUGAAGACCCAGUUGCAGCUGGAUGAAAAGGCCAAUCCACCAAAAUACAGAGGAAUAGCUGACUGUGUGAAGCAGACAGUGCAGAGUCACGGUGUGAAAGGCUUGUACCGAGGCCUCAGCUCGCUGCUGUACGGAUCCAUACCCAAAUCUGCUGUGAGGUUUGGGAUGUUUGAGUUCCUCAGUAAUCAGGCGAGGGAUGAAAAUGGUCGACUGGACAGCAGCAGAGGGCUGCUGUGUGGGCUGGGAGCCGGCGUGAUGGAGGCCGUUCUGGUGGUCUGUCCCAUGGAAACUGUCAAGGUUAAAUUUAUUCACGACCAGACUUCAGCCAACCCCAGAUACAAGGGUUUCUUCCACGGAGUCCGGGAGAUAGUCAGGUCCCAAGGACUCAAGGGGACAUAUCAGGGCGUGACAGCGACGGUCCUCAAACAAGGUUCCAACCAGGCUAUUCGGUUCUUUGUGAUGACGUCUCUGAAGAACUGGUACAAAGGUGAUGACCCAAACAAAAGUAUAAAUCCCCUCGUGACUGGAACCUUUGGAGCCUUAGCGGGUGCAGCGAGUGUAUUUGGAAACACACCUCUAGAUGUCAUCAAGACAAGGAUGCAGGGUCUGGAAGCUCAUAAAUAUAAAAACACGCUGGACUGUGCCUUAAAGAUCCUCAGACACGAAGGCUUGGCAGCGUUCUACAAGGGGACCGUUCCUCGGCUCGGCCGUGUGUGUCUGGAUGUCGCCAUCGUUUUCAUCAUCUACGAGGAGGUGGUGAAGGUCCUGAACACUGUCUGGAAGACGGACUGAACUUUGACAUGGACAGAGAAGAUGGCAGCUUCAGACACUGAUCCAAGUAAAGAAGACUUGUUCUGUUAAAUAAAAAAACAGCUGCUGAGAUGAGGAGACGGAACUGAACUGAGAUCAGUGACGUGGACAUGGACAUUCUGGAUGUUCUUGAACUUUACUUGCGUCUACUCUUGUGCCUGUCGUGGUUU